GUCAAGACUUAUGCAGAACACUAUUUUUAAAAGCUGGUAACACAUAAAUAAUCUGUAAUCAGCCAUUGAAAAAGUUGUUGAUACUGAAUUUGAUUGUUCGAUCUUCGUACAUCGUAUUGGAAUUUUAUUGUUAAAGUCAAGACACUAAAGUUUUAUUGAAUAAUAAAACAAUCAAGGUUUACUGAGAAUUACUUCUAUGACCAGUAAGCGUGAAUAUGUUACCGUAAACAUCAAUGUAAAAAUAUGAUCUUGACCAAUUCAGUGUAAUUCAAAUAAUUUACGUAGUUACCGAAUUUGUACAGUCGUCUUCAUGUUGACUUUGUGCCACAAUUAUUUUCGAGUUACUAACAACAAUAAGAAUAGCAAAGAUGUGCCCCAACGCUUUAACAAAAGGAAGUUUGCGUUCGGCGUUUUCAUUCUGUUGUUGGUCGUUAUUCUGUGGGUGGUAUCCUCUGAGAUGACAAAAUAUUUGUACAUAGAGAAGCAUAUUGAGAGACCAUUUCUUGUGACCUAUGUGAGGAGUUCACUGCUGUUUAUUUAUUUGUUAGUAUUAUGUUUUACACCUCCUACAAGAGAUCCUUGUCAACCUGCUGACUAUACACAAUUAUUAGAACAAACAGGAGAAACGGAUGAUGAAAGUUAUUUUAAUGAAGCCACAAAUAGUUUGGUUCAGACUCAGGGAGAUUCUACUUUUGUGCCGGUCCGGGCUGGGGAAACCACAGACAGUGAUGAUGCCGCACCAAGAGCUGUACGAUUUAAUAAAGUGGCAGAGGUUCGUGUAAUGUCGGCGGCUAUGGCAAGCGAGGCUUUGUUGGCGCGACUGUCGUGGGCCGCGUCGGUGCGCGCCACCGAGCACGCUCAGCGCCGCGCCGCCGCCGCCGCCACGCGCCGACAUCUCCGACUCGCGCUACUCUUCUGUGUACCUUGGUUCAUAUCAAACUAUCUGUACCGACUAAGCCUGUUGCACACGUCGACGGGCUCAGCGACGAUAUACACCUCGACUGCGGGAGCGCUGGCGCUCUCCUUCGGUGCCAUAUUCGCGCAAGUACCCAACGAUCGGUUCACUCUCUCCAAGUGCAUCGCUGUCCUACUCACUGCAGCUGGACUGGUGGUAUUAGGCAUAUCAGAAAGCCAUCAAACAAAUUGGAUAGCGGUGUUGGCAGCUCUGGGUUCAGCGUUAUGUUACGCUGUACAUUUACUUUUAUUUAGACAAGCUUUAAGAAACGGCGACGAUAUCAACUCGUCGUUACUCGUUGGGCUGGUAGGGUGUGCCUGCGGCUGCCUGACGUGGGUGGUGGGCGGCGUGCUGGCGGUGUCGGGCGUGGAGCGCGCCGAGCUGCCCGCGCCGCGCCAGUGGACCUGGCUCUUGCUGGACGCGGCGCUCGGGCCCCUGCUCAUUGACUCACUCUGGCUCUGGGGACGAUCGCUAACAUCGCCACAAGCAGCAACAAGCAUCUUAGGCCUAGCGGUACCUCUGUCGUUGUGCGUGGAGGCGUGGCGCGGCGGCGGGCCGGCGGCGGCCGCCACGCAGCUCCCACGGGACUUCGCCCUCUUCACCUGCCUCACCGACCGACUACGGGCAGCUGAAGGCUUCACGGUGAUAAGAAACAUUCCGGACCUGGACGAGCAGUCAGAAGCGUUGAUGUCCUCGGACGAGCCCACGUAGCGCUACUCCACACGCAACUCCUGCUACGAGAGGAACCACUUGAAAGUCUGAGCCGCACUCAUACCCACGUCUGUAGCGGCUGUUACUUUACAACUAUGUACAUAGAAAUAAGUAAACAUUACGAGUCCCGCGACUUUGACCCUCGUGACUUUAUUCAUUCCGUAUAGUAUACGCAACUUUAUUUUAAGUGCAUCACGUCUUAUGAACCCCCACGGCCCAACGGCCCUCAAAAGCCUGUGAUCUAGAUCAAUUAUAACGUUUAGAUUUUCAGAGCUUGGACUACCACUAAACAUACAGUGUAUGUAGUAUGCAAUUUGAUUAAGCCAGUAGGUCAUUCUCAAUUCUUGUUUUAUUUACCCAUGUGUUCUGGCACCGCGUGUUAUGUAAAGCCUCAGUUCGACGUGUAGCUAGUCGGGUGUCAACUUAUCUAAUAAAUACACCCUCGAGUAUUUGUGUGGUCACACCUUGUUACACCUAGUCUAAUUUAUAUUUAAUAAUUAAAUCUAGAAAUCUAUUAGGUGUAUUAAUCGUUGAAUUGUGUAAAAUUUCUUAAUUUAUAUCUUAAAAAAUGAACAUGUGUUAAAACUUAUGAAAAUAAUCAAUAUUAUUGUCAUAUUUGUAUAAAAGAUCUUGAAAUUUUAAUAUUCAUACGAAAUAUGUUGUAAAUUGUAUAUUAAAAGUACCAUUAGCUUUGUGUGAAUAAAUUGUUUAAUGUACAUCUGAAUACUGUUUGAUGUGUACUCAACUAUUAGGUAACUACAUAAGUGUUUGAUUAUAUCUGUACCUACAGAGUCCAUAACAUUUUUUUUAAAUAAUAAAUUAACAAUAAAAUUAUUAUGUUUUCGGCUUACUCACAUAAUUAUUUGACGAGGAACUCGACUAGUUUCAAGCCAUGCUAGAGGCUCAUAUUCAUGAGCAGCAUUUCGCCACCUGCGAUGCGGCGACUGUUCGGCUACGUCUACUCAGUAGCAGUUACGUGAGUAAACCGAAAACGUAAUAAUUUAUUUAGUAUGUCUCACGAAAGUUAUAAUACAAAUUAACAAUACACAUUUAUUUAUUCACUAGCUGUGCCUUUGAUCUCUGUUUUUAGAGGUAAAAACAAUAAAGGGCUUAAUUCAUGGAAAUAAUUUCUUACUUGCAUGUUUGUAGUACUUAAUUUGAUAUUGGCGUGUUGCUAUUAUCGUUUUAUAUUUGCAUUUAUCUGACGAUCAAAUUUUUAAUUGGAAUAUUUAUUAGUGUUGUGUUGUUAUAUUUAAAAUUGUUCUUGUUUAACAUCAACAUUGUUGUCUGGUUUUUUGACAAUUCAAACAAAAAUCUGAAGUUUGCUAAGAUGCAAUUGCAGUUUCUUCGAUUUUUUAUGUAAUACUUACUACUAAUAUACUUCCUAUUUGAAUUCUGUAAAUAGAUAAACUAACAGCUAUAUUUGAUUAUAUUUAUACUAUCUUCCUGUUAUAUAUUGUGUUCUAUUUGUAAUUGACACAGUAUUAUCUAAGUGAAUUAUUUUGUGUUAUGAGAGUAGUAGCAAUAGAUUUUAUA